AUGGCGAGUGGAGCGGCCGCUAAACCACAUUACAACUUGGAAGAUGCUCCGGCACUCUUUGAAAAGUUUAUAAAGGACCAUGAUAAAGUGUACACAGAUGACGAGGACAGGGCUGUCCAUUAUGAGGCAUUUAAGAGGAGAUUGGAACAAAUAAACAAGGCCAAUGCGCAGAAUGCCUCAGCGACGUAUGACAUAAACAAGUUCGCAGAUUACACGGCACAAGAUAGUAAACAUCUCACUGGUGUCCUUCGUCCAAGUUAG